AAGUGAGGAACAUGACGGAGAUGAAUAAAAGGAAAGACCUGCAGAAGCAGAGUCUACGUUGACAGCAGAUCAGGAUCAGGAUCAGGAGGAUGACACGGACUCUGCUGUCACUGCUGGCCUCUGUGGCCUUCGUCUCUCUGACUUCACUGGCUGAUGGAGCUCCACUGAGUCUGAUGUCUGCCCCCAACUUGUUGCGAGUUGGAACAACAGAAAACAUCUUUGUGGAGUGUCAAGACUGUGGAACUGCAGAUGAGAAGCGUGUCCAAAUCACUGUGAAGAACCACCCAACCAAAAGUAAAACACUGGCAUCAACAACAGUGGCACUUAACAGCGCAAAUAACUACCAGGGAAUGGGACAAAUAACGAUCCCAGCUGGGGACUUCAGUAGGGAUCCCACCGCGAAACAAUAUGUAUACCUGCAAGCUCAGUUCCCUGACCGACUGUUGGAGAAGGUUGUUUUAGUCUCCUUUCAGUCUGGAUACAUCUUCAUCCAGACAGAUAAGACCCUCUACACCCCCAACAGCAAAGUCUAUUACAGGAUCUUUGCUGUGACCCCUCGCAUGGAGCCAGUGGAGAGAGCCAACGGGACUGAUACUUCUAUUGCCAUCGAGAUUGUGACUCCUGACGGUAUAAUUUUACCACUUGAUCCAGUCUCUCUAAGAUCAGGUAUCUACUCUGGAGAUUACCAACUUGGUGAAAUUGUCAGUCCUGGAUUAUGGAAAGUGGUGGCGAAGUUUCACAGCAACCCACAGCAGAGCUACUCUGCAGAAUUUGAAGUCAAAGAAUAUGUGCUGCCCAGUUUUGAAGUGAAGUUGACAUCUGAGAGCUCCUUCUUCUACGUGGACAGCCGAGAGCUCACUGUCAACAUCAGAGCUACGUAUCUGUUUGGUGUAGAGGUGGAUGGGAUGGCCUACGUUGUGUUUGGGGUUGAGCAAGACGGUCAGAAAAGGGGUUUCCCUGGCUCCCUUCAGAGAGUCCCAGUUAACGGAGGUACUGGACAGGUCACAUUAAAGAGAGACCACAUCACACAGACUGUCCAAGACAUCACCACUUUGGUGGGAAGCUCCAUAUUUGUGUCCGUCAGUGUGCUGACACAAAGUGGCAGUGAAAUGGUGGAGGCAGAGUUGAGAGGUAUCCAAAUUGUCACAUCACCCUACACCAUCAGCCUCAAGAAAACACCCAAAUACUUCAAACCGGGAAUGUCAUUUGAUGUUACGGUUGAAGUUCUCAAUCCUGAUCAAAGUCCAGCACAAGGUGUUCCAGUGGUGGUGGAACCAGGGACGGUGCAGGGCUUCACUGUAGCCAACGGCAUAGCCAAGCUUACCAUCAACACAAGGGCUGGGGUUGAAACUCAACAAAUAACAGCAACGACCAAGGAUCCUGGAAUUUCAGCUGAAAGACAAGCAUCAGCCACUAUGAGAGCUGUCUCAUACAGAAGCAAUAGUAACAAAUACAUCCAUAUAGGUGUGGAUACAGCUGAGCUGGACUUGGGAGACAACCUUAAAAUUAACCUAAUCCUUAACCAGCCAAAUCAACAAAAUGACAUCACAUACUUGAUCCUGAGCAGAGGUCAGCUGGUAAAACACGGACGAUACCGAACACAAGGCCAAGUACUGAUAUCUCUGAUUGAGUCCAUUACCAAAGAAAUGUUGCCCUCGUUCCGCAUCAUAGCCUACUACCAUACCAGCGACAAUGAAAUUGUAUCAGACUCCGUUUGGGUGGACGUCAAAGACUCAUGCAUGGGCUCGUUGAAGCUUGAACCAUCAAGACCUGCUCCGGCGUACGAGCCUCGGAAGAUGUUUGGCCUGAAGGUCACUGGAGACCCAGGGGCCACAGUGGGACUGGUGGCAGUAGACAAAGGGGUUUACGUCCUGAACAACAAACACCGUCUCACCCAGAAAAAGGUGUGGGACACUGUGGAGCAGUACGACACAGGCUGCACACCAGGUGGAGGGAGGGACGGCUUGAAUGUUUUCUAUGAUGCAGGGCUGCUGUUUGAGUCCAGCACUGCCUCUGGGACCCCCUAUAGACAAGAGUUAAAAUGUCCAGCUCCCACCAACAGGAAGAGACGCACCACCACUUUAGUUGAAAUCACAACUAGUUUAGUGAGCUCAUACACAGAAGAAUUGCCACGUAAGUGUUGUAUGGCUGGCAUGAGUGACACCCCUCUGUCAUACUCCUGUGAGAGGCGCAGCCAGUACAUCUCUGAUGGUCCAGCCUGUGUUGAAGCCUUCCUGCGCUGCUGCAAUGAGCUGCAAAACCAACGAGCUGAACUGAGAGAGAACAGCCUCAUGCUGGCACGCAGUGAGGAUGUUGACAAUAGUUACAUGGACAGCAAUGAAAUAGUUUCCCGCACUAAGUUUCCUGAGAGCUGGUUGUGGACUGAUAUCACCCUGCCUGAUUGUCCACGUAACAGCCGUAACUGUGACUCCACAUUUCAUGUAAAAAAUGUUCCGUUGCAAGAUUCCAUCACAACCUGGCAGUUCACUGGCAUUAGUCUAUCAAGAACUCAUGGUAUCUGUGUUGGUCAACCAUUAGAGGUCAUCGUCCGGAAGGAAUUCUUCAUUGAUCUAAGACUUCCUUACUCAGCUGUUCGUGGAGAACAGCUGGAAGUUAAAGCAAUCCUCCACAACUAUAGUCCUGAUGAUGCCACUGUUCGAGUGGAUUUCCUUGAGCAGGAAACUGUAUGCAGUGUGGCUUCUAAACGUGGGAAAUAUCGUCAGGAGGUGAGGGUAGGACCCUUCACUACACGAGCUGUGCCCUUUGUCAUUAUACCCAUGAGGGAAGGUGAAGUCAAGAUUGAGGUCAAAGCGGCAGUUAAAGAUUCAUGGCUUAAUGAUGGAGUCAUGAAGAUGCUGCGAGUGGUGCCUGAAGGCAUACUGGUGAAAUCUCCCCAGACUGUAGUUCUUGACCCUAAAGGUGGUAAACAGGAAGAGAUUAUUAACAGUAGAAUUCCCAAAACGGAUAUGGUUCGAAACUCACCGACAAGCACACAAGUCUCUGUUACAGGAAGAGAGCAAGUAAGUGCACUGGUGGAGAAUGCCAUCAGUGGGACUUCGAUGGGUAGUCUGAUAAAGCAGCCCUCAGGCUGUGGCGAGCAGAAUAUGAUCCACAUGACGCUGCCUGUUAUUGCAACCACAUAUUUGGACAAAACAAACCAGUGGGAAACUGUAGGUUUUGAGAAACGUAAUGAAGCCCUUCAACACAUCAAAACUGGCUACACGAAUCAGCUUAAGUAUCGUAAGCAGGAUGGGUCUUUUGCAGUUUGGGCCAAUCGCAAAAGCAGCACCUGGCUGACGGCUUAUGUUGCAAAGGUGUUUGCCAUAUCAAACAGCCUUGUGGCAGUACAAAGACACGUGAUCUGUGACGCUAUAAAGUUUAUCAUUCUCAAUGCACAGCAGCCUGACGGCAUGUUCAGAGAAGUUGGAAAGGUGUCCCAUGGGGAGAUGAUUGGUGAUGUACGAGGCACAGACUCAGAUGCCUCCAUGACGGCCUUCUGCCUCAUCGCUAUGCAGGAGUCUCGCCAACUAUGUGCUGCCAGUGUUAAUAGUUUGCCCGGCAGCAUAGACAAAGCAGUCGCUUACCUGGAGAAUCGUCUGCCUGCUCUCACCAACCCGUAUGCCGUUGCCAUGACAUCAUACGCUCUGGCCAAUGAAAACAAACUGAACAAAGAGAUCCUCUACAAUUUUGUCUCCCCAGCGCUCACCCACUGGCCAGCACCUAAGGGACGUGUCUACACACUGGAGGCCACAGCUUAUGCGCUUCUGGCAUUGACCAAAGCCAGGGCCUUUGAGGAAGCCAGACCAGUUGUCAAAUGGUUCAACAAACAGCAGAAGGUCGGCGGAGGCUACGGAUCGACACAAGCCACCAUAAUCGUGUAUCAGGCUGUCGCUGAGUACUGGUCCUCUGCGAAGGAACCGGAGUAUGACCUCGAUGUUGACAUCUUGUUGCCAGGCAGGUCGUCUCCAGACAAGUUUAACUUUAACAGAGGCAAUCACUUUAUGACAAGAACAUCCAAGAUCAAUGAUAUAAACCAGGAUGUCAGAGUGACUGCCACGGGUACAGGAGAAGCAACAUUAACUAUGGUGUCGCUCUAUUAUGCUCGGCCUGUAGAAAAGGAGAGUGACUGUCAGAAGUUUAAUGUAUCUGUGGAGCUCAUUCCAGAGAAAAUUAGUGAAGAAGAGAGAAUAUACAAGUUGAAAAUAGAGGUUUUGUAUAAGGACCGGGAUAAUGAUGCAACCAUGUCCAUCUUGGACAUUGGCCUGCUGACCGGCUUCACCGCUGAUACAAACGAUUUGAACUUGUUGUCUAAAGGACCCGCUCGCACCAUAGCAAAAUAUGAGAUGAAUGAAGUCCUAUCAGAACGAGGCUCACUCAUUAUCUACCUGGACAAGGUUUCUCACACGCACCCAGAGGAGAUUUCCUUUAGGGUCCAGCAGACUUUUAAAGGGGCCAUCUUACAACCAGCUGUUGUGUCUGUUUAUGAAUACUAUGACCAGACACCUUGUCUGAAGUUCUACCACCCAGAGAGGGAGGCUGGAAGGCUGAUGAGACUCUGUAGAAAUGAAGAAUGCACAUGUGCUGAAGAGAACUGCAGUAUGCAAAAGAAGGGUCAAAUCAGCAAUGAUCUACGCACGGAGAAGAUUUGUGAAACUACAUUAACCAGCAGAAUAGAUUUUGCAUACAAAGUGAGACUGGAAAACUUGGUAGAUGAUUUGUCCACUGAUAUUUACAACAUGCGGGUAGAAGACGUUAUCAAGGAAGGAAGUUAUGAUGUAGGUCCCCAAGGUGGACUGCGUCCUUUCCUUGGUUAUCAACAUUGCAGAGAGGCUCUAGAUCUAAAGCCAAACAAAACCUACCUUGUCAUGGGCACCGCCAAAGACAUUCACAGAGAUGAACAGCAUCAAACAUUCCAGUAUGUACUCGGGGACGGAACCUGGAUUGAGUACUGGCCCACAGAGACUGAGUGUCAGACUGAUGAAUACGACCUCACUUGCCGUGGACUGGACGAGAUGGUCCAGCAGUAUAAAAUAUUUGGCUGUCAGCAGUAGAGAAAAAGAAGGAAAUAUAAUGGGUUUAAGCAUUUUUCUUUUUACAAAUUAUGUAAAUGUGCAGCUUUAC